AUGACUGAUUGCCUUUCUUAUUUCUCUAAAUCUCUGGCUAAAAUUAAUCCUAACAAGCUAUUUGUAAUUCCCAGCUGGAUCCCAAAGUUAUCUGAUCCUGAAGUUCAAUUUAACCUUGACCCCCCGACCUAUCAACAAAUUACGAAUGUUAUACGCAAAAUGAAAUCGUCUGGUUCUCCUUGCCCUCUUGAUCAACUUUCUAUAAUAAGUUUCAAGCAUUGUCCUUAUCUGAGGACUUACCUUAUUGAGCUAAUUCACGAUAUUUGGCUAUCUGGAACUGUCCCAACUGAGUGGAAAAGAGCAUGUACCAUACUAAUCCACAAGAAAGGCAACAAUAAUGACCCUUCAAAUUUCCGCCCCAUAACACUCGAAUCCAUACCUUUAAAAGUAUUUACAUCUUGUUUCCGAAACGCAGUAUACUCCUUCCUCGCAUCUAAUAACUUCGUCGAACACAACAUACAAAAAGGCUUCACCCCCAACCUAUCUGGCACUCUAGAACAUACUGCACAAAUGGCUGACAUUAUUAAUAAAGCUCGGAUCAGACAACGCUCUGUUGUCAUCACCCUACUUGAUCUUAAGAAUGCCUUCGGCGAAAUCCAUCACAACCUCAUCCAAUCCGUACUUGACUACCACCAUACCAAUGAUUAUGUAAAAUUUGUUAUAAAAAGUUUAUAUACUGAUUUCCAAACCUCGAUAAUUACCUCUGAAUUCCGCACUCCUUUUAUGACAGUUGGCCGUGGCGUAUUGCAAGGAGAUUGCCUCAGUCCUCUUCUUUUUAACAUGUGCUUCAAUACGUUCAUUCAGCAUAUCAAGGCUGAAAAGUACCGUCAAUUUGGGUUUUCCUUCAAGUUGCUAACCAUUGGUUCCAGUUUGCUGAUGACGCGGCUGUAAUUACUGGCCAAGAAUCCGAAAACCAACAUCUAUUAAAUCGAUUUUCUAUCUGGUGCCAAUGGUCCGAUAUGAUUAAUUAUCCGAGUUGACAAAUGCAGUACCUUCGGCAUUAAAAAAGCGAUCACAAAAUCAGUUCAGUACUUGCCAAAACUCCUCAUCAGCAAUCAACUAAUACCAAAAAUCACCAUUGGAGAAUCAUUUCAAUAUUUAGGACGUUACUUUGAUUUCCACGUGUCGAAUGAUAAUCACAAAACUGAACUAACCACCCUACUUAAUGAACUAAUGUCUGAUAUUGACUCAAAGCCACUACACCCCAAAAAUAAACUCCUCCUCUACAGUCGCUACGUGUUGCCCAAGUUAGCCUGGCACUUCACCGUCGCAACACUCUCUAAAACAUGGGUUACUGAAAAUAUCGACUCUAUUGCCAACAAAUAUAUCCGCAGAUGGCUUGAAGUACCAAUAUCAGGAACACUAAGUACUGUCUUUCUAACAAAUAACAAAUUUGGCCUGAGUAUUUAUCCUCCAUCCGUAAAAUUUAUCCAGUGUCAAACAGUCCUCCGAAAAGCUUUAAAAUCUUCUCCUAAUGAAUCAACUAACGACCUGUGGAGAGCAACCAGUAACCAUACUAAUAUCCAAUAUGACGCUUAUAACUCUACUAAGGAAGUUCUCAAAAAUUUCCGUUCUGGACACGAAAACAAACUCCUAAACCAAUUAACCAGUCAAGGAUCCUUUUUCUGCAGCGUCACGAAGUUCGCUUUACCUCAACUUAACAAGGUUUGGUCCAUCGCCCAAUCAAAGCUCCCGAAAAACAUUUACAACUUUACCAUUCGUUACAUUAACAACUCUCUUCCGACCCGCAAAAACCUAAACAGAUGGGCAAUAUCUUCAAAUUCAGACUGUUCUUUUUGUCUUAGCCCUGAAACAUUACUACACAUAGUAGCUGGAUGUCAGUAUUAUCUCGACCGAUUUACGUGGAGACACAAUUCAGUCCUGAACUUUCUUGCUCAUACUUUACAAACUGUUGACGGUUCUACUCUCUACGCUGAUCUAAAUGGAUUCAAAAGCCCUUCAAUACUUACUGGUGAUACGUAUUGCCCAGAUUUGUUAUUAUCGUGCUCAAAUGGUUCCUUAUAUGUGGUUGAACUCACCACUGGUUAUGAGACAAACCUCAAAAACAACGUAAAACGGAAGAAGGAUAAAUAUAGAGAAUUAUUGAGACAGCUAGGUAAAAAUUUUAACCAAGUUAAAUUUAUAAAUCUCUCCAUCAGCUCUUUAGUUAUUUUUGCAGAAGAAUGUUAUACAUUUUUAGACAUGUUAGAUAGUAUUGGUCUUGACAAAAACCACCAAAUGUACUGCGUUAGGAAAAUGAUGACUAUUGCUAUUAGAACUACAUAUUACAUUUUUUGCUGCCGAAAUAAGGAAUGGGAAAAUCCGGAUUUACUAACAAUUUGACUUAUCUCAUUGUAUAUAUAUAUAUUGCAUGCACUUUGUUCUGUUAUUUUAGUUUAGUAUAUAAUUGUGAUUCAAAUAGCCAACCGUAAGUUACCUUUAUGAGAGAGAUUUACGAUUGUAUAUGUAUGUAAAGAAAAAAAUUUAAUAAAGUUUCCAUUAUUAUUAUUAUUAUUAUUAUUAUUAUUAUUAUUAUUAUUAUUAUUAUUAUUAUUAUUAUUAUUAUUAUUAUUAUUAUUAUUAUUAUUAUUAUUAUUAUUAUUAUUAUUAUUAUUAUUCUCUUUAUAACUUUAUUGAACAUCAGAUUCAAAAAGGUUUCACUCCCAAUCUGUCUAGCACUCUGGAACACACUGCUCAAAUGACAAAUAUUAUCAACCAAGUGAGAAUAAAGCAGCGCUCUGUUGUCAUCACCCUUCUCGAUCUCAAGAAUGCUUUUGGUGAAGUGCAUCAUAAUCUAAUUCAAUCUGUCCUCGACUAUCAUCACAUUCCCAAAGACGUUAGUGAAAUAAUAAAGAGCUUGUAUACGGACUUCAAUACUGCAUUUAUAACAUCAGAAUUCUCCACCCCAUUUAUAACUGUCGGUCGUGGAGUUCUUCAAGGAGACUGUCUUAGUCCUCUGAUUUUUAAUAUGUGCAUCAAUACCUUUAUUCAACAUAUAAAAACUGACAAAUACCGGCAAUUUGGUUUCAUUACAAAUCUUUUAAACCCAGUCCAUUGGUUCCAGUUCGCUGAUGAUGCUGCGGUAAUAAGCGGUCAAGAUUCAGAAAAUCAACAUCUUUUAAAUCGAUUCUCGAUCUGGUGCCAGUGGUCUAACAUGAUUGUCAGGGUUGAUAAGUGUUCAACAUUUGGGAUCAGGAAAAGUCUCACAAAAUCUAUCCAAUAUUUACCUAAACUUCUGAUUAACAAUGAAUUGAUACCUGCCACUAAAAUUGGAGAGUCGUUUCGAUACUUGGGGAAAUAUUUUGACUUCAGUAUGUCCGAAAAAGAACACAAACAAGAGCUAAUCACUCUCAUGGACGACAUUAUGUCUGAAAUUGAUCUCAAACCUUUGCACCCAAAAAAUAAACUUUUGCUUUAUAGUCGUUACCUCCUAUCCAAACUUUCCUGGCAUUUCACUGUAACCACCUUAUCAAAAACCUGGGACUCUGAAAAUAUGGAUUCUGUGGUGAACAAGUACGUACGUAAAUGGCUUGAAAUACCUAUAUCAGGAACUCUAUCUAACGUCUACCUUACCAGUAACAAGUUUGGUCUAAAUAUCUACCCGCCGUCAAUUAAGCUUGUUCAGUGCCAAACAGUUGCUCGUAACGCCUUAAAGACCUCUCCAAAUCAUUCCAUAAAAGACCUCUGGAAAACAACAUCUAAAAGCAAAAAGAUUCAGUACGACGUCUACACCUCGACAAAGAAAGUCCUUAAAACUUUUACCUCCGGACAAGAAGACAAACUGCAGAAUCAUCUGAUUUUGCAAGGCUCCUUCUUCUCAAAUGUCAUUAAGUUUUCACUGUCGAAAUUAAACG